GAUAAGGGCUGUUUGCUUAUCAUGGGGGUUCAAAACUUUUUUGUCCCGAUCCGGCUAAAAACGUGUGGCUGCAUCUUACUUGUGCUGGCUGUGUUUGUCCUAAUCUUAAUGGUAUAUGUCACGGACAUUCUGGAGACUCCCACAAGUUUCAAGUUUCACAAUAAAGUGAACAACACCAAAAUCAUCCAUCCACCCACCAUUUCCAAUGUUGCUCCACCUGUUGGCGUGUGGUACAACUUCUGCAAGCUAAAACCACUCUCCCCUAAGGAAGCCUUUGAAGAAGACCUCUUGCUACAGUCCAUCGCUUGGCCUGACACUCCACCUUUACAAUCUCUUUCCCUGAGAAAGUCCAGUGACCCAGCCCACAGCACCUUCACCAUUCUCGGAAGGAUGGGAGGAGGACAGUGGCAAAUAGGGGAUAAGAUGGAGGUUAUUAUUAAAAUGUAUGAUUUCCAGGGCCGUCCAAAGAACUGUGGGGGAGACGUCAUAGUCGCUCGCCUACACAACCCAGCUCUUGGUGCAGGUGUAGCAGGGAAAGUAGUGGAUCAUCUCAAUGGCUCCUACUCUGCCGUAUUCUCUUUACUCUGGGAAGGAAGUGCACAAGUUGAGGUAAUACUGGUUCACCCCAGUGAGGCAGUCACAGUGCUGGGCAGACUCACCAGAGAACAGCCAGAUAGAGUUUUUUUCAAAAGCCAGUUCCGCUCAGGGAGGGUCAGUGAAACUACCACCUGUAAUGUAUGUUUGCGUCCAUCCCGGCAGCCUGUGUGCAACUACACUGAGCUGCAUACAGGUCAGCAGUGGUUCUGCUACAAGCCAGAGAAGCUCAGUUGUGAUGCCAGGAUCAGUCACUCCAGGGGGGGAUUUACACAAAACAUCACCGCCAUGGAGAACAAGCUGUUUCAAAGUGGUGUCAACUUAAAAGUCUCCAUCCAAGCUUCAGGACUUGCCAACAUCACUGUACUGCAGCAAAAGAAAGGUCAGAUCUCAAGGCAGCCAGAGGUGAGUCUGGAGUCUGGUCCCUCUGGCUAUUACUACCAGGGUGUGUGGCGAGCUUUAGGUGGCACCACAGUUUGGCAGUUUAACACUUCCUCAGCCAUUACUCAGUGUCUGAGAGGAAAGGUGAUUAAAAUGUACGGAGACUCCACCAUCAGGCAGUGGUUUGAAUACUUUAAUGGAGCAAUAUCAGGUAGAUACAUGCAAAACCUUUUUUGCACCAAUUUGAUUUUCUGUACUUUACUUAUUCCUUCUGUAAUACUUUCAGGUCUCAAGGAGUUUAACCUACAUAGCCCUAAGCAAACUGGACCUUUUAUUGCCCUGGACUACCCAAAUAACAUCUUCCUGAUGUACCGUUGCCAUGGUCCUCCUAUCCGGUUUAUGAAUGUCCCUAUCAGCGAGGUGCAUUAUAUUGCCAAUGAGCUAGACAAUGUGAUUGGAGGCAGCAACACAGUUGUAGUUCUUGGCAUUUGGUCACACUUCAGCACUUUCCCCAUUGAAGUCUACAUCCGACGGCUGCAGAGCAUCCGCAGUGCAGUGGUGCGCCUGUUGUCCAGGGCUCCAGAAACACUGGUUGUCAUUAGGACUGCAAAUCCCAAAGCUUUGAACCUCUAUGAGACACUUACUAAUAGUGACUGGUACUCACUGCAGAGGGACAAGGUGCUCAGGGCCAUGUUCAAAGGAUUGAAUGUCCAUCUGGUGGAUGCCUGGGAGAUGGUUGUGGCCUACAACCUGCCACACAGCCUCCACCCACAACCUCCCAUUAUCAAGAACAUGAUUAAUGUUCUCUUGUCCUAUAUAUGCCCUCAAAAGGGUGGCUAGAUUUAUUUUUUAACAGACCAGCCACGUAUGAGAUGGACUGCAUUUUAAAAAUCUUUUUAACAGGAAUUUGAGGUGGGAAAAAGAACCAAAGCAUGAUGGGAUACAACUAUCGAGAGUGGGGUUGGUACAUAAAAUUCACCAAGCGUAA